AAACGAGACGCCGACACCUCCUGGGCUGCUAGAGCGUAGCCGGAAGUUGCUGUAGAGCCAGGGGAUGACCGCACCCACUUCCGGUCAACCAUUUUUUUUAAUCCUUCCGUGAGUGGCGGAGGUCUUUGGUCCCGUGCCCUGCCCUUUCCUCUGCCUUCCCGUCGGAACCUUGGAGGUCGCUUACUCGCUAUUCCCUGUGAAGUCAUCCUGGGGCUGAGAUAUUCAAGACAAAGUUCUGAGACUAGAGGUAGACGCAGGGACUCUGGUGAGAGGCUGUGAUGACUGCAGAGGUGAGGAAAGCCAGAUGUCUGGCCCCUAAGCUCUUGGGCGUCCAGAAGAAGAGGGACAAAUCCCGGGGACCAGGAUCAAGCCUGCAGCAGGACAGCCAGAUCAGCUGUGAAGUCUUUCGGCAACACUUUCGGCAGCUGUGUUACCAUGACACCUCUGGGCCCCAGGAGGCCCUGAGCCAACUGCGUGACCUUUGUGGACGCUGGUUGAGGCCAGACAUGAACACAAAGAUGCAGAUCCUGGAGCUGCUGGUGCUGGAGCAGUUCAUCACCAUCCUGCCUGGGGAGAUGCGCGCCUGGGUGCAGCUGCAUCGUCCAGAAAGUGGAGAGGAGGCAGUGGCCAUGGUGGAGGACUUCCAGAGACACCUUAAUGGACUGGGACGGAAGGAUUUGGUGACAUUUGAGGAUGUGUCAGUGGACCUCCCCAAGAAAGAAUGGAAGAGUUCAGCAGCUGCUCAGAGAUUCUUUCGAGAUUUGAUGCUGGAGAAUUAUCGGGAUGUGGUAUCACUGGCAGGAUUUCCAUUUUCGAAACCUACAGGGAUCUCCCGGAGAGAGGAAGAACCAUGGGGCCUAAAUCGUCAGGAACCUCUGGACUUGGAAGGUGGCAGAAGCACCUGUACGGAAGGUGAUAAUGUUACUGAGAAUGAAAAGUCCACUUUAAAGCAAGAAAUUUUUGUUGAAUCAGAAUCACAUAGUAGUUCAUCAGAAGGCCUCCAGAAAGAUCUUUUCCAGGCAUCUAAAGGAGAAGGCCGUGAAAGAGAAAGCAUGUUAGAGCAGCCACAAGGAGCACUCCCAGAGGAAGAAGUUAGGAGAAGUGAUGGUAAUUUUAUGGAAGUGAUAGUGCAGAAUAAGAAAGUCCCUGUUGAAGAGAGAGAAGAGAAAUGUAAAGACUUUUGGAAGAGUUUCAGUCUUGUCUCAAGCACUGUUACACAGGAGAAAAUUCCAAGGGGACAGAAGUCUUAUCAGUGUAACGAAUGUGGCAAAUACUUCAAUAGGAGCUCACACCUUAUUGAUCAUGAGAGAAUUCACACUGGAGAGAAACCUUUUGCAUGUAGCGAGUGUGGCAAGGCAUUUAGCCUGAGCAAGAGCCUUAUUCGACAUCAGAGACUUCAUACUGGAGAGAGACCUUAUAAAUGCAGUGAUUGUGGAAAAUCCUUCAAUCAGAACUCACACCUUAUUAUUCAUCAGAGAGUUCAUACUGGAGAAAAACCCUAUGAAUGUAAUGAAUGUGGCAAGGUCUUCAGUUACAGCUCAAGUCUUUUGGUACAUAAGAGAACCCACACUGGGGAGAAGCCUUAUGAAUGUCAUGACUGUGGAAAAGCUUUUAGUAAAAGCUCAAAACUAAUUGUGCAUCAGAGAAUCCACACUGGGGAGAAACCCUAUGAAUGUAAGGAAUGUGGGAAAGCCUUCAUUAUCAUUCAUAGCUUGUUUUUACAUCAGAGAAUGCAUACUGGGGAGAAACCCUAUGAGUGCAGUGAGUGUGACAAAGCCUUCACUAAUAAGAGCAACCUUGUUGAUCAUCAGAGGAUCCACAGUGUGGAAAAACCAUAUGAAUGUGAUGAUUGUAGGAAGACUUUCUUUUUGAGGAAAAGUUUCAUUGGGCAUUAGAAGGUCCACAACUGGGAGAAAGCAUAUAAAUGUAAUGAGUGUGAUAAGAUCUUCAGUUGCAGAUCAAAACUUCUGGUACCAACUGGGGAGAAACCCUAUGAAUGUGAUGAUUGUGAUAAAGCCUUCACUAGUAAGAGAAACCUUCUUGAUCAUCGAACAAUCCAUACUGGGGAAAAACCCUAUCGGUGUAAUGAGUGUGGAAAAUUUUUCAAACAUAGCUCAGUUCUUAUUUGCCAUCAGAGGAUCCAUACAGGGGAAAAGCCUUUUGAAUGUAAGGAAUGUAACAAAACCUUUGCUACUAAAAGCAACCUUGUUGAUCAUCAGAGAAUCCACACUGGAGGAGAACCCUAUGAAUGCAAUGAUUGUGGGAAAUCUUUCAUUUUGAAGAAGAGUUUUAUUGGCCACCGGAGACUCCAUAAUAGGGAGAAAUCUUAUAAAUGUAAUGAGUGUGAAAAGGCAUUCAGUUACAAAUCUAGUCUUUUGAUACAUCAGCGAAUCCACACUGGGGAGAAGCCCUAUGAAUGUAAUGAAUGUGACAGAGUCUUUGCUAAUAAGAGCAACUUCACUGAUCAUCAAAGAAUCCACACUGGGGGAAAUCCCUACAAAUGUAGUGACUGUGGGGUAAUGUAUAUUUUGAGGAAAAGUUUCAUUAGACAUCAGAGACUACACAAUACAGAAAAAUGUUAUAAAUGUAGUGAGUGUGAGAAAAUAUUUAGUUACCGAUCCAAACUUCUUGUACAUCAGCGAAUUCGCACAGGAGAGAGAGCUUUUAAAUGUAAUAAUUGUGACAAAGCCUUUACUCAUAAGAACAAUCUCGUUGAUCACCAGAGAAUCCACACUGGGGAGAAACCCUUUAAAUGUAAUGAGUGUGGGAAGACUUUCAAACGCAGCUCACAUCUUACUUGCCAUCAGAGGAUCCAUACUGGAGAGAAACCUUAUAUGUGUAAUGAGUGUGGAAAAGCCUUUGCUACUAAACCAAAUCUUAUUGGCCAUCAGAGAAUUCAUACUGCAACAAAGCCAUAUGAAUGUAUUAAAUGUGGGAAAGCCUUUAGACAUGCCAAAAACCUUACUGCACAUCAGAAAAUUCACACAAGGGAGAAAACUUUAAAAUAUUAUGAAUAA